AUGUUUAAUGGCACAGUCAUAGCGAUAGGCACAGUAGUGUCCUGGGUUUGCAAAACACAGUUUUCACAGAGCAUGUACUCACCAGACUUUGAUGCACCAGUUUUGAUCACAUGGUUCUCCACAAUAUGGAUGGUGUUAGUGUUUCCAAUUUACUUUCUUCAGGGCUUGCUCUAAGGAAAACAGAUGCUUUUAUUAUACAGGUUUGUGCAAUCCUUCAACCAUUUUCUUAUUUUUUUAUAAGUGUGAGAGACUGGGGAGAUGCCCUUUCUUAAUGGUUAAGAUGCCAGACCUGGCUGGAGAGGUCUGGGUUCAAGACCUAGUCUCUUGCUCGGGCAAAACAUGUUACUCUAAAAGUGCUUCUUUGUCCACCCAAUAGUAGAAAUGGAUACCAGCAAAUGUUCAGGGAAGUCUGAAAAAUUCUGGGGUGUACCUUGCAAUCGACUGGUAUCCUAUCCAGGGAGAAGUAGUAAUACUCUUUCAGGGAGAGUGAAAAGGUAUUUGGUUGUCAAGGUCUCCACCUGAUGUCUCUAUUGACGCAUGCUGGCCCAUUCUGCCUCACAUGGGUAGUGACCAAUCACUUAUACGUGCGUACACUUGGUAUCAUUCAUGCUGCUGAUGUUGCUGCUUUGUUCUCAUCUUCUAAUGCUUUUGUAUACUUCUUGUCAUGGAGCUGGUUAAAGGAGGAGCUUUCUAUUUUUAAGGUAUGA